AUGCAUCGGGUAUUGAAAACCUUGGUCCAAGAGCCGGCUGUCCAGAAGAGCGACAUCGAGCCACAGCUGGCCGGUAUCAUGAAUAAAUUUGCGGUUCAUGUAGGCAUCCCGGAGGAAAUAUUAUGCAAGGGACUAUGGAAGCAGACUUGGUACUUGUGGACACGGGCCGCAUACUUGCGACUCAGAUUCAACAAGAAGCAAAUCAACCAAGUCGAAUUCGGGCAUGGACUUCAGCAGAUUGUGGUACCACAAUACGCACAACCGAUUAACCAAAACAACUGGGUCGAUUAUACGAGAAGAAAGACAAGCGUCCGGAAAAAGUGCAGAGGGAAGAGAAGGCCAAGAAGGACGAAGGGGCUCGAGAGGAACGGAAACGAAGAGCAAAAGGCGUCCAAGUCAAUCAAAGCAUCUAAGAAGUCAACUAGCUUUCGUCGCAUCUUCACGCAAAUGCUUCCCGAUGAAAAGGGGCUCGGCUAA